UGUGUGUGUGUGUGUGUGUGAGGGAGGGAGAGAGAGAGAGAGAGAGAGAGAGAGAGAGAGAGAGAGAGAGAAAGGAAGAGAGCAUGAGCGAGAGUGAAAGAGAAGGAGGAGUGACAGAAAGGGAAAGAAAAGAGGGAAGAAGGAGACUCAUUACUCAUUAAGUGGUAAGCUAAGUUCUUCUCAGCAACUCGUUCUGCUACACAGAGUCUCUCUCUCUCUCUCUCCCCUCUCUCUCUCUCUUUCUCUCACAAACACACACACCACACACCGCACACAUACAUACUCAAAAACACAAAGCAGAAGUGGACAAAGACACACGGUUUCAGUCGCCACGGUUGGCUAUGGCUCAGGGCUCUGACAGUAAUGACACAAGUUACAAGUCCCCAUCACCUGGAAGCAGACCGAGCUCCUCAGAUGAUGCAAAGAAGGUGAUGCGGAGGGAGAAGAACAGGAUCGCUGCUCAGAAGAGCAGGAUGAGGCAAACUCAGAAGGCUGACAGCCUACACUUGGAGAGUGAGAACCUGGAGAAGGAGAACGCGGCCCUAAGGAAAGAGGUGAAGCAGCUGACGGAGGAGGCCAAGUACCUGUCGUCUGUGCUGAGCAGCCAUGAGCCCCUGUGCACCGGCCUGGCCCCCCAGACCACCGACCUCCUCUACCCACCUCACCACAGCAGCUACCACCACCAGCACAUCGCUGUACCACACUACCAGCACUGACCUGACCGGGCGGGACGGAGGGACGGCUGAGGACGCGCUGUGAAAAACAAGAUGACUGACCUCAAUGGAGAGAGAGACUGACUGAAGAUGUGUCUAUGAUUGUUAACCAUUGUUCAAAACUGAUGGAGAAGAAACAUGACAGGCUGAUACGUCUGCCAGACAGUGACAGUAUGGAGCCCAAACUGUAACAUGCAGUAUUCAAAACUAUUUAUUUUUGCUUCUACUCAUCUAUUUGCUGUUAUCUGAUUAAUAUCAGUGAUCUGUAUGUGAACUUAAAUGUCUUGAUGGCUAGAAUUAUCAACCAGUCUAUGUUUACAUUGGGUGAAAUGACCAACUUACUGUAUGUUCAGGUGACUCAGUUAAUAUUUUUGUAAAUUGCUCAUUUUUAGUGUCAUAGAGAGGACCUUUGUCACCCUGUCAUGUUAGGAGUUUCUUGUGUUAUUGUGUGUUUUCAGUGUGUAAAUGUAGAUCGAUAAUGCUCAGGAGCUUUUGACAGAUUUGAUUGUGGACAAACAGAAUGUACCAUCAAGAUCCUUAAAAAAAUAGACUUAGAAACCUGUGGGUGCCAAAAAAGAAAAAGGAAAAAAAAAAAAGAAAGAAAAAAUGGCCGUGCUGUGAGGAAUGGGCAUUCAAAGGGGUCUUGCCUUGUGUACCUACUGCUUUUCAUGUGAGGAGAGCCAGCAGAGAUAUUUAUUACAUGUAAUGCCUUUUUUGGAGGUCAACUUUUCUGACCUUCAGAGAGGUUGUUAUAGACAUGUCUUUGUGCAGUGUUUUUUUGUUUUGUUUUGUUUUUUUUGUUUUUCUUUGCCAGGGUACAGCAGGGUGUGUGAUGUCUGCACUGAUGCAGAUAACAGGGAGGAGGGAGGGGAGGGAGGGCUGCAUGUGACAAACCAGGUAGUUGUUAUUCCUCUGAUAAGAGUGUCUCUAGAUGGCACUGUUUACUUAUGUGAAAGACAAAGUUACAGUAGCUUAUGUUAUAAAGCACAUAAAAUGAUCUUUCAGGCCUAUCCUGUGUGUAUAUGAAUUAUGUUUUGUUCUUAAGCACAGCUGAGGCUUUUUUUAAAUGUCUUUUUCAUUUCACUUGUUCCACAGUUGGUGGUUGAAAUAAAUGACCUGUUGAAUGCAGUGUUCUUAAACGAGGACGUGAAGUUGUAAUAAAGCUGUUAAAAUGG